CAACAUGCCCAGCCCCUUCUUUAUCUUUGACUAUUCUUUAAAUGUUGAUGUUUUCCAGGAUUCUGUUCCUUGAUACUCUUCUUCCCAUCCAAGUACUAACCAGGCCCAACCCUGUUUAGCUUCUGAAAUCAGAUGAGAUUGGGCAUGUUCAGGGUAGUAUGGCUUAAACCUUGAUACUCCUCUUAUUUCCCAUUCUUCUUGAGGAAUUUCAUCUAUUCUUACAGGAUUAACCACCAGCAAAAUUGCCGACGUCUCCCAUAUUCAUCUUCAACCCAGUUCUCAGUCCCAAAUAGUUAACUGUGAGCUGACUCUCCAUUUGGAUGUUUGUACCAGAAUUUCAGAAUGACUGACAUUUCUGAAGCUGUUUCAAAUUUUGAAGAGAUGUUUGCCAGCAGAUUCACAGAAGAUGACAAAGAGUACCAGGAAUACCUGAAACGCCCUCCUGAGUCCCCUCCAGUUGUCGAGGAAUGGAAUAGCAGAGCUGGUGGGAACCAAAGAAAUAGAGGCAAUCGGUUACAAGAUAACAGACAGUUUAGAGGAGGGGAUAGCAGACGGGGGUGGCCAAGUGACAAUCGAUCCAAUCAGUGGCAUGGACGACCCUGGGGUAACAAUUACCCACCACACAGACAAGAACCUUGCUAUCCUCACCAGUAUGGACAAUAUGGUUACAACCAACGACCUCCUUAUGGUUACUACUGAUAGAACUGUUGGAAGCUUUUAGUAAAACCAUUAUCUUUGUUAACAUGACAAAAGUUUCUGUGUCUUCUUUUGGUCAUAGUGUUACAUCUGAUUUUAGAGAAUGGAUUAUUGAUUUUUUUGAACUUGAGACUUUUUAUUUUUAAUAGAUCUUACUAGGGAGAUGUAAUGGUUACUGGGAAUACCUAAAAAUGUUGUGGAUUAUAUUGUUUGACUCUACCUCAGAUUCUUCUUUGUUUCAUGACAUAAUAGUGCUUUGAGUCUGGUAUAUUUUUCUUAUUUGACCUGUAGGAGUUCUGUCUUUAAUUUACAUAGAAAUAAAAA